AUGGCGGACGCGAAGCAGCAGCAGGCCGCGGCGCCCACCGGCGUCUGGAAGACGAUCAAGCCAUUCGUCAAUGGCGGUGCCUCCGGGAUGCUCGCCACCUGCGUCAUCCAGCCCAUCGACAUGAUCAAGGUGAAGAUCCAGUUGGGUGAGGGAUCUGCAGCUCAGGUCGCAAAGACCAUGUAUGCUAAUGAGGGCCUUGGUUCCUUUUACAAGAUGAUGUUUGGUUUGUCAGCUGGUUUACUAAGGCAAGCGACCUAUACGACAGCUCGUCUUGGAUCCUUCAGGGUUUUGACAAACAAAGCAAUUGAGGCAAAUGAUGGGAAGCCAUUGCCACUUGUUCAGAAAGCUUUUAUUGGUCUGACUGCUGGAGCGAUUGGCGCAUGUGUGGGCAGUCCUGCUGAUUUGGCACUCAUUAGGAUGCAAGCUGACUCGACCCUACCAGCAGCACAGCGGCGUCACUACAAGAAUGCAUUCCAUGCACUCUACCGUAUCACCGCUGAUGAAGGCGUCCUUGCGCUUUGGAAGGGUGCAGGCCCAACUGUGGUGAGAGCCAUGUCACUGAAUAUGGGUAUGCUUGCGUCCUAUGAUCAAAGUGUUGAGCUGUUCAGAGACAAAUUGGGUGCCGGAGAAUAUCAGACUGUUAUUGGAGCCAGUGCCAUUUCUGGAUUCUGUGCGGCUGCUUGCAGUCUGCCCUUUGAUUACGUGAAAACACAAAUUCAGAAGAUGCAACCUGAUGCCACUGGCAAGUACCCAUACACUGGGUCUUUGGACUGCGCCAUGCAAACCUUGAAGACCGGUGGCCCAUUUAAAUUCUACUCCGGCUUCCCUGUAUAUUGUGUCAGGAUCGCCCCGCAUGUCAUGAUGACGUGGCUCUUCUUGAAUCAAAUCCAGAAGUACCAGAAGAAGAUCGGCAUAUAA